GUAUAGUAGAGCUGGAAACUUAGUUAGAAGAACAUCUUAGCUUUGGGUGGACACGUAGAGGAAAACAUUACACAAAGGAGCAAUCAUGGAGCGGACCGAGGUGACGAAGGCAGAAUCUCUUGAGGACCUGAUUAAGAUCCUGCAUAAAAUCUUUGAAAGUGACACUAUUAAUGUGGAAGAGGUGCAGAGUGUGAUGGAAUCAUAUCAGACCAAGCCGCAGGAAUGGAUGAAGUAUGCCAAAUUCGACCAGUAUAGGUACACAAGGCACCUGGUGGAUGAAGGGAACGGGAAAUUUAAUCUGAUGAUUCUCUGCUGGGGGGAAGGACAUGGCAGCAGUAUCCAUGACCACACAGACUCCCACUGUUUCAUGAAGCUGCUGCAGGGCCAGCUGAAAGAGACUCUGUUUGAGUGGCCCAGUGCUAAAACCAAAGGAGACAUGGUCCAGAAAUCACAGAGAGUCCUGCAAGAGAACCAGGUUGCCUAUAUCAAUGACUCCCUUGGCUUGCACCGCGUGGAAAACGGCAGCCAUACGGAGUGUGCUGCCAGCCUGCACCUGUACAGUCCGCCGUUCCAGUUCUGCCAGACCUUUGACCAGAGAACGGGCCACAAGAACACAGUCAAGAUGACCUUCUGCAGCAAGUUUGGGGAAAAGACCCCAUUUGAAACUACAAUUUCACAAGAGAACAACUAACACAGAUCAGAUAUGUCGGAGGAGAUGAACACCGCUCCAUUUGAAACAGUUCAAUUCACAGUUUUCAGAAGAUGUUCAAAAAUUCUAGCCAGAAGAGGAUGUGAAAUAUGGACCUUCUAUGACUGAGGUGACCCAUUAGAAAUUGGUGGUGGGGCCACUUCAAAAGGACAGGCUAGUAAUUAUAAUGGUGUAGCCCCUGCCCAGCGCGAGCUUGGCAAAUACUGAUGAGCACAGGACAAAACACAUGAAUAGGCUCGGCCAUGGAUUGAAUCUGCCCUUUGUUUGCUAGGCCUGAGGUGGCCGCUUUUCAAUAACAACAUUCCUGUGCGUCCAUGUCGUGUGUGUCCACAAUGUUGUACUGCUAUGGUCCCUAGCUGAAGAGUGGCACUUUUAGCAUUGAGGAGGUAAAAAAUAACUGAAGUAUAUCUAGUAUUUAAUGACCACUUCUUGAAUUGGAAAACAUCCUGCAGUCUCCAGUGUGUCAUAGGCCGAUGUAGCACCUUUUUUGAUGUAUAUAUUGGUGAACCACUCAAACUCCCCCCCCCCCCC